AUGGCACUUGUGUCGCCGUCCGCCGUCCAGCUCGUCGGAGGGCACCGCUCGCGCCCGGGGACGGCGACGCAGUCCCUCCAGGAGCAGAUGUUCCGGCAGCCGCAGCGGGGAGGCCCUCAGGCCCCCCUGCCCCCCGGGCUCCCCAACUGCGCCUUCCCGUCCUCUCCCUCCACCUACGGACACCACCACCAUCCCCACCGCUAUGCGAGCGGCAGCGGCCAGCGGUGGGCGAGUGACUGCGAGCUGCAGAAGGAGAAGGAGAAGGAGAAGGAGAAGGAGAGCGCCCGGCAGAGGAGGCUGAGGGGGAGGGAGAGGAUCGGGGCGGCGGGAGCCCCGGAGGUGUGGGGGCUGUCCCCCAAGUACCCCGAGCCGGAUUCUGAUGAACACACCCCGUUUGACAAUGAAGAGGUAAACACUCAGAAGACCAACAGUUCAGAUUCUAUCUCUGAAGAAAAGAGGAAAAAGACCAGUCGUUCAAAAAACAAGAAAAGAAGAAAGAAAAAGUCCAAAAGGAAAUCCAAGAAAUAUAAUAGUGACAGUGCUUCAGACUCUGACACGAAUCCCAGCUGUGAUGAUGGGAAAAGGAGAGCCAAGAACAAAGAGAAGAGAAAGAAACACAGAGGCGGGGCAAACAGGAAAAUGAAGACUAACAGAAACCGUGCUGACUCCGGCUCUAAGGAUUCAGAAGGGGAGUUUCGAGAAGAUGUGCGGAUGCAUCACUCCAAUAUGGCAGAUACCAUGGACCUAAUAGGCCCAGAAGCACCUGUAAUACUCACCUCUCAAGAAGAGAAACCUUUGAACUAUGGCCACGCUCUGCUCCCAGGGGAAGGUGCAGCUAUGGCCGAGUAUGUAAAAGCUGGAAAGCGUAUCCCACGAAGAGGUGAAAUUGGGUUGACAAGUGAAGAGAUUGCUUCCUUUGAGUGCUCAGGUUAUGUUAUGAGUGGUAGCAGGCAUCGCAGAAUGGAGGCUGUACGGCUGCGGAAAGAGAACCAGAUCUACAGUGCGGAUGAGAAGAGAGCCCUUGCAUCCUUCAACCAAGAAGAGAGACGGAAGAGAGAGAAUAACAUUUUGGCCAGUUUUCGAGAGAUGGUGUACAGAAAGACAAAAGGGAAAGAUGACAAAUAGAGACUUUUGUUAUACAGGACUUUGAACAACAAUUUUAUAUAACCAAGUAGUAUUAAAAGGCUUUAUGGUGUUACUGUAUCUACCUA